CAGUAAACACUUAACAUAACAAAUAACAAGCAAAUAGUGACCAAUCAUCUGCUAAUAGGUGCUUAUAAAGGCAAGAAGCUUGUGCUACGUACCGAGGAGAAGGAAGGAGCAACAAUUGACGAGUUUCGACUUUAUUUCCUGCUAUAGCAGCGGAGCGGUGUGAAGCCGAGAAGAGUGAUCGAUGACUUUCUCCGGCGGCGGCAGAGAGCAGCAAAUGGGGCGAGAGCUAGGGAGUCAGGCGGUAGCAGAUGGGGCGAGAGCUAAGGCGGCAAGCGGUAGCAGAUGUUACUUCCCGUGUUUCUGAUUUUCUAGGGCAAGAGGCAAGUUUCUGAUUUUCUAGGACAAAACGAAGAGUAUUGGGUUUAACCGCCUAAGCUCGCCUAGGCACGCCUUCUCUCCACUAGGCGCAAAGUAAGCGCUAUUCCUACCUACUAAGCGCUACCAGCGCCUUUUACAACGCCCAUGGCCAAGUCAAGGCGAUCCUCCACCGCCUAGCGCCUAAUUGAGCCUAGGCGUGCGCCUAGGCGCGCCUUCUUGAACCCUGAAUAUAAUCAUUCACUUUCUUCUGGAGACCCAAGCUCAAUAUGAAAUCUUGGACUAAAGGUUGAUUAGAUAGGAAGAGUCCCAUAAAGUAUGUAACUGCCACAUUGGCUUUAGCUCCUUCCUCUAAAUGAACUAAGCCAUUAUCAUCCUUGAGGUAAAGAAUUGUGCGCAUCCUUCUCUUCUGAUUUGUAAUGGUAUGAAAGAAAUGAGUAUUAGACUCCCCUUCCUGGAGGUACUUAACUCUAGAUUUUUGUUUCCAAUAAUCUCUUCUUGUAGAUAAGAAGAUGAUAACGCUUUUUCAAGCCCCUUAAUCACCUCCCAGUCAACAGAUGGGGCAUUUCUGGCUGUAUCAAUUCCUAGACGAAGUUCUUUUAUUUUCCUAGCCGAGUUAGAAGUACCCUUUUUCAUCCAUUCAACAAGAUCAUGCCUCGAAGACUUGAGGUCAUUGAAAAAUUUGAAUUGCCUUGUACCAGAGGUUUGACUACCCCAUUUGUCAGCAAAAGCUUGUCUUGCUUUCGAGUUUUUUGCCCAGCGGCUAUCGAAGUGGAAGCGAUGCUGACCCAAAUUAUGAGGCGGGAUGAGUUGCAACACAAUCUUUCGGUGAUCCGAACCUAGAUCUGAUAGGUGAGUUACCUUGGCGAGAGGCCAAAGGUUUAAAGCCAAAGAGGCGACUAAAACUCUGUCCAGUCUAGCCAUAAUAUGAUCCGAAGCCGAUCUGCGAUUUGUCCAGGUGAAGUUAGGGCCACUAAAACCUAGGUCUUGCAGACCUGAAUGUAGGCAAAAAUUUCUUAAUUGAUCCAAGGCGGAAAGGGCAGGGCAUCUGCCUCCUGAUUUUUCAGAGCUGUCAAGGAUACAAUUAAAGUCCCCGAAAACAAAUAAUGGGAGAAGUAUAGAUCGAAUAAUGGCAGAUAAUUCAUUGAGUUGAUUUUGCCUAGUCCCUACAUCACAACUAAGAUGAACAAAUAAGAAAUGAGCUCUUCCGAGUCUUGGAUGUUGGCAUUCUAAGGAAAUGUAGAAGUGACGUUUGUCUCGAAUAAUACAAUCUACAUCCGUUGACCAACCCACGGCUAAACCACCAGAUAGGCCAAUAGCACUGACGAGACGAUUUUCUUUAAAGCCAAGGUUUUUAAUUUUGUCUCUGACCAAGUCAUCCUCAUUUUUUUUGUUUCACUUAGAAACAAUAAGUAUAUUGAGUAGCGGCUUACCGUUUCAGCGAGCUGCCGAUUGGUUGUUAUAGGGCCAAUUCCUUGACAGUUCCAGAAAAGAAUACCCAUGAUCGCUACCAAUAACUUGCCAAGAGAAGUUAUUGACUUAAGAAUACUCAAAAUAGAACGUAAAGAUGUUUAUAUCAAUGAGACAACUCAAAAGGAAGAUAUGCCUUUCAUUGAUUCAAAAUGAUAAUUCUAUUUUUCACAAAUGAAUUUGUGAUAAAAGUACCCCACGGGAAGUACUACAGAGAUGAUAAGCAUCUAGUGAUUUGAUCAAAUAGGUGAUAACAGGUAAGCAGAAUGAGUGACUUAUUCCGGCCAGCAUCGACGUUGAUCGAAAUACCUAACCACGAACAGAAGACGAAUACGGCAGGUGUACUAAGCGUGAUUGUAGCCAAAGUGUGAGUCUCAAUCCACCAAAUACAAUCUAGCCUGAAAACGAGUUUGACCUGUUAAAAUAGCACAAGGAAGAACGGUAAAAAGCAUCAGAAGGCGAGAGUACUCUAGAAUGAAGAUCAAUAGGGAUAACUAAAGGGCAGGAAGUAAAAUGGAAAGAUAACAGAAUGAGCGAGGGAUUGGAGCAAAACAAACUACUUGGACAAGGAAUUCUCAGUGCCCGAGUGCAAGCAGGGGUUGAGCAGGUAGCACCAAGAAAUUUAGAACUUGGUCUAAAGAUCCUACUAGAAACAAUCUGCAAAGUUGUUAUAAAAUAUGCGGCUAAAUUGCAAGUUUGGUCACUGGAAUUACUUAUAAAAUUCACGUUUGCCACUAAAAUUAAUUUAUUCCAUCCGUAGUCACUUAAAUUAGGUUAACAGUUCAAGUUUGGUCACUGACCGUUAGUCUCCGUUAACUUUUGCUUAUGUGGCGGUCAACUCUUAUAGUUGACCGUUAAAUGAGUGACGUGGCAAUUAAAAUAAUAAUAAAAAAUAAAAUUUAAUUAUUUUUUAUUUUCCACCUAAUUACAAUCCACUAAUCAGAACCCAGAAAUCAAACUAACAAAAUCGAAGAUCAAAACCUGAAAAUACAUAAUUUCCAUCGACAUGACGAGUUGCUGAUUGACGAUGCCAACAACCGAUGCCACUCUCUUCGGCGUCUCACUUCCCUCCACCGCCAGAUUACCCGACCUGCUUCUCCGGGUCCGGCCUUCUCUCGGUCUCUCGUCUAUGGUGUCCUUCAGGAUGAGGGCCACCAUGAAGGAAACCGCCUCCUCCGGCGCGUACACGGCACCCGCGGCGGAGAUGGGCUUCUACGAUCUGCUUGGGAUACCGGAGUCGGUGAGCUUGAGAGAUAUUAAGUUGGCUUACAAGCAGCUGCCCAGGAAGUACCACCCGGACGUCUCGCCGCCGGAUCAGGUCAAGGAGUACACCCAGAGGUUCAUUCGGGUCCAGGAGGCCUACGAGACGACGUGGAUCCCAGACAGAGGGCGCUCUACGAUCGGGACAUGGCCAGAGGGCUUCACCUUGCCUUCUCCGCCAGGAGACGGUCCUCAUACCAUGACGACGAGGUAAUUUCAUCUGCAAAAGCUUCUUCCGUUUUUGUUCUUUCUCCUCCCCUGAUUUUCAAAUCUCUGGAAUUGGGGAUAUUUUGGGAUGAAGGAGAAUUGGGCUUACAAUUUCAAAUAUGUUCAGUCUCUUGAAGGAGAGUUUUGCAUAAAUCCGAUUUGGGCUCUGUUUUUCUUUGGAUUGCUCUGGUUUUUUUUACUCUGUUUUUGUGUACAUGGAAAACAGGGGCGACGCUUGGGAAGGAUUGAACAGGCUGGUGAAAACGAUAUCAUUACUUGGAAAAAAUAAAUCCACUUGCAAUAGAAAUGGUUUUCAUGU